AUGUCGAAACAAAAAGAGCUAAAGAAGAUAUUGAAGACACUACUGCCCAAGGCAGUAACAGGGGCACUGACAUUUCAGAACCACCCGUUCAGCCCAAGGAGGGAUCACCAAGUUGUUCACAAAUAUCAUAAACAUGGUGGUCCGAAGGGAUCAAUAAUGAUGAUUCCCGAUGAAGCUAGAAGAAGGAGAUCCAAGUAUGGAAGCUCAGGCAAUGGAAGUACCAGAUCUCUUGAACCCACUUCACCAACCGUGUCGUGCAUGGGACAGAUCAAGAACAAGAAGCGCCAGCAUCGGCAACGCGUUAAGAAAGCCAAAUCCAAGCGUAUAACGCUCCCCAGUAGUGUACAGAAAUCGAGGCCACUUAUCAGAAGUGUGUCGAAGGCUAAGAAUAAGAAGCAAACGUCGACGUUUAGGAGGAUAUUCUGGAGAGAUCAGAGGAAAUCGUCUCGUGCUGCGGAGGUUGACGGCGGAUCAGCCGCCGUAGCAGCGCCGGAACUUAGCCAGAUGAAGCGGUUUGCAAGUGCACGUGGCGCUUUGGCUAAUUUUGAUUGGAAGGCUCAUGUGGUGGCGCCGGAGGAUGAUGAAGACGAUGAGACCAUAAUCUCAUUCUCUGAGCCCAUUGUAGCUUUGCAACCAAAGACAGAAAUUAAUCUGUGGAAGAGACGAAACAUGGCUCCUCCGCCGCCUCUUCGAUCGAAUCCUCGGCCACCACCAAUCUGAUAAUUUCUUUUAUUUGUAUUCUGAGUUGUGUUUUUGCUUUUCAUGGUUUGUUUUCAUUAUCGUUUACGUUCUGUGCUGCACCUUGUAAGGAUGGGGAAUGGGGUUCCGUAUGUACAAAUGAUUUUUUUUUUUUUACCUUGAUGUAUAAAUGAUUUUGAAAGU